UUCUUCCCUUUUCCGAUGACCAGUAUCACGACGGCGGCGUUUCUACUGACCUGAGAAUGGCUGAGGCUUGAAGCUCGAUAGUUUGAAAUGAAUGAAGUUCAAUAAGUUACUUCUGUCCCAGGUUUCAUCCGUUGGUAGCGAAUACUUCUCAAAUCUUCACACAUCCAAUGGACUCGAUUUCUACGCAUACGGCCGCCUCAUUCAGCGUUGCAGUGAGCGUCGCCUUCCUCUACAGACAAAACAGGUUCAUGCCCGACUCAUCCUCUCCUCUAUCGUCCCAGAUAACUUCAUCGCUUCAAAACUCAUCAAUGCUUAUUUCAAAACCAACCACAUUCGUGAAGCACGCCAGGUGUUCGACUCUAUUCCCCACAAGAAUACCUUUUCCUGGAAUUCCAUUCUUAUUGGAUACUCUUCAAACAAUAUGCAUAUAGAUGCCCUUUGGUUUUUCUCACUGUGGUUAUCUCGUCCCUCGGAGAAUAAUAAACCCGAUAACUUCACCAUUACUUGUCUCCUCAAGGCCCUUUCUUCAUUAUUCUCUGAUGUUAAUUUGGCUAAAAUGAUUCAUUGUUUCGUUAUGCAAAAUGGGUUUGGUUAUGAUAUCUUUGUUAUGAAUGCUCUAGUUACAAACUAUGCAAGUUGUGGUGAUAUUCAUUCUGCAAGGAACCUGUUCGAUGUAAUGCUCCACAGAGAUAUUGUAACAUGGAAUUCAAUGAUAUCUGGUUAUUCACAGGGAGGAUAUUACCAAGACUGUAAAGAAUUAUACAAGAAGAUGAUCAUGGAAGAUUGGAAACCAGAUGGGAUUACAGUUGUCUGUGUUCUACAAUCUUGUGCGCAGACAAGCGAUCUUGAGUUCGGAAUUGGUGUACACCAAUACGUUAUCGACAAUCAUAUAGACAUGGAAAUAUCUAUAUAUAACGCCCUCAUUUCGUUAUACACGAAAUGCAACAAAUUGGAUUACGCCAAAAAACUCGUGGAUGAUAUGACUGAAAAAGAUGAAGUUACAUACGGAGCAGUUGUUUCUGGAUAUAUGAUCCAUGGACAUAUUGACACUGCUUUGAAUUUCUUCCGAGAGAUAAAGAGUCCAGGUUUGAGCACAUGGAAUUCGAUGAUAGCAGGUCUGAUGCAGAACAAUCACCACGAUGGAGUUCCUGAAUUAUUCCGAGAAAUGCAGGUAUUCGGUCUGAGGCCAAACAGUAUUACAGUAUCGAGCAUACUCCCAUCACUUGUAUACUUUUCAAAUCUAAAAGGUGCGAAAGAAGUUCACGCGUACACGAUAAGAAGUAACUUCGAUAUGAACGUUUACGUAGUAACAGGCACUAUCGAUACCUAUGGAAAACUUGGAUUUCUUCAGGGGGCGCGAAGAGUGUUUGAUCAGUCAUCGGUUAGGAGUGUGAUCGUCUGGACUUCGAUAAUAGCAGCCUAUGCUGUCCAUGGAGAUUCCGAUUCCGCGAUUUCUUUAUUCCGCGAGAUGAUCAGUAAAGGAACGAAUCCUGACUCUGUCACAUUCAUAUCGGUUUUAUCAGCUUGUGCACAUUCUGGAGCUGUGAGGGAAGGUUGGGAGAUUUUCAACUCAAUGGUUCCGAAAUAUGGUAUGAUUCCAUCUAUUGAACAUUAUGCUUGUAUGGUUGGGGUCUUAAGUCGAGCAGGGAAGCUUUCUGAAGCGGUUGAACUGAUUUCCAAUAUGGGUAUGGAACCGAGUGCUAAGGUAUGGGGGGCGAUAUUUAAUGGGGCGUCUGUUUAUGGUAAUGUUGAGGUUGGGAAGUUUGUUUUUGAUCGAUUAGUUGUAAUUGAGCCAGAGAAUAGUGGAAAUUAUGCGAUAAUGGCGAAUCUAUUUAAGCUGGCUAGGAGAUGGGAUGAAGCUGAAAGGGUAAGGGGGAUGAUGGAUUUAAUUGGAUUGAAGAAGAUUGCUGGCUGUAGUUGGAUUGAAAUGAAUGGAAGGUUACAUAAAUUUAUUGCGAAAGAUAAAUCAAAUGAGAAAGCUGAAGAAAUUUAUGAGAUGUUGGAUGUAUUACUUGGGUUAAUGAAAGAAGAAGGAUAUGUUUUGAUUGAUGAUGCUUAUGAUGAAGAAAGUGUGGUCUGAAAUUACAAGGUAAAGUAUUUAGUUUUUUGUUUUGUGAAAUGUACAGCAUUCAUAUGAACAUAAUCAGCAAAUCCAGUUCUUGGAAAUGAUUUGAUUAUGAAAAAAGUUAAGGCUAGGGAUUUAAUGCUUAAAACUUGUUUGAGAAUCAAGUGAAUUAACAUGAUUUUGUAGUUGUAGUAGAAUUUACAAAGCCUUCAACUUAUAAUAUUGCUCUCA